AUGGGGACCCCUUACCCUGGCGCGAGGUGCCCACUGCAGGAGCAGCGCGCCCGUUGGGCGCGGAAACGCGCCUGCACUGCCCGGGAGCUGCUGGAGACCGAGCGACGUUACCAGGAGCAACUGGGGCUGGUGGCCACGUACUUCUUGGGGAUCCUGCGAGCCAAGGGGACCCUGCGACUCCCAGAGCGCCAGGCCCUGUUUGGGCCCUGGGAGCUCAUCUACGGCGCCAGCCAGGACCUGCUUCCCUACCUCGAAGGAGGGCACUGGGGACAGGGGCUGGAGAGCUUCUGCUCCCACCUGGAGCUCUACACCCAGUUUGCUGCCAACGCAGAAAAGUCCCGGAUCACCCUGCAGGAGCAGCUAAAGAAAAACAAACGUUUCCGAAGGUUUGUGCAGCUUCAGGAAGGGCGGCCGGAAUUCUCAGGCCUUCAACUCCAGGACUUGCUCCCGCUGCCACUGCAGCGGCUCCAGCAGUAUGAAAAUCUCGUUGUUGCUCUGGCUGAAAACACAGGUCCUAACAGCCCUGACCACCAGCAGCUCACACGGGCCGCCCGGCUGAUCAGUGAGACCGCCCAGCACGUCAAUGCUAUCGGUCAGAGGCAGAAGAAUGAACAGCACCUACAGCGUGUUCAGGCUCUGCUCAGUGGCCGCCAGGCAAAGGGGCUUACCUCAGGGCGCUGGUUCCUGCGUCAGGGUUGGCUGCUGGUGGUGCCUCCCCGUGGGGAGCCUCGGCCCCGUAUGUUCUUCCUCUUCACCGAUCUGCUCCUGAGGGCCAAGCCUCGGCCCCCCUUGCACCUGCUGCAGAGUGGCACCUUUGCCUGCCAGGCCCUCUACCCCAUGGCCCAGUGUCAACUCCACAGGGUCUUUGGUCACUCAGAAGGCCCUUGUGGUGGACUGCUUAGUCUGUCCUUCCCCCACGAGAAGCUGCUGCUUAUGUCCACAGACCAGGAGGAGCUGUCGCGCUGGUACCACAGUCUGACUUUAGCUAUCAGCGCUCAGAAGAACUAGAAGAGUUUACACAUUACAGAAUCCAGAAUGCCUUGGGGAUAAGUCACAGCCAGGAGUACGAAGGAAACUUCUUCGGUAGUCGAACACAGAA